AAUUUGUCAUUUAAUGCAUAGUGGAGCAUUUUUAAUAUUGUAGUAAACAUUGAGAUUUGAGGUAAAAAUUGAUUACCAAAAAUACAUAAAUGUUUAUUAGCAAAUGAAUGUUGGUUUAAUAUUUCUAUACAUAUCACAACAACAAAGUUAUAAUAAACUAACAUGGAUGUAGACCUACUAAGACCGGGCACUGUACCCAUAUCUCCUGAUACAGUGUUAUGGUUUGAGUUUUUACUCGACCCUAAUUUGCUCAAGGCUCAUUUAAGUAAACCAAAUCCAGAACCAUCAGGAUGUCAACUCAUAGAAGAAUUUCUGUCAGUGGAUACUAAAAAUCAAAAUGCGAAACUUAAUAGUGAAAGGAUAGUUGAUGUUGAUGGACCUUCAAGCCCUGCGCCCACCACACCUACAACUCUACAAUUCACCAAAAAGCAAUUGGCACUAAAGAUUCUAGCGUUGAAAGUAGCUCCCUCCCUACAUUGGAAUUUAGACACCUUGGAGAAUAACUUGCCACCCCACAUACAACAACAACUCAUGCAAGAUUUGGUUUAUAUGGCAACAGAUUCAGCAUUCAAUGCACCACCUCUGGAAAUACCAUCAGAAAUUUUGCAAAAAUUACAUGUACAAUUUGCACUGACCUUGUAUCACCGCUGGAUCCUCAGGUUCCCUGUGAAGUCUGCACUGUUUUUAAAGUCUUCAAAACUGCCUUUUGUCCAUGUGCCUGGUUCCCAAACAGAUAGCACCUUUAAUCCUAUGAAUCAAAAUUUCGAAAGGAUUUUAAGAUUGUGUGAAGCAUCUCGAAUGCAAAGUAUUAGAUAUUUAGAAGGUAUUUUAGCAUAUUAUGAAACUACCCUCGGCCGAAGAGAGUCUAGAAAGAUAAGAAUACCUGUAAUGGAAACCUUUGUUCAUCUGACUGAAGACUCGGAUGAUAUGAAUCAUGAUUGGAAUGCUGGUGAUGUAUUUAUGAGCCAGUAUGAACUAGCAAUGCAAAUCCAUUUUGAUCUCUGUUAUAAUUACUUCUUUUAUGGACAACAUGAUAUGGCUAAAAAACACAUACUAGGAUGUAGGGAAAAUUCAAAUCUUUUGGAGAAAGAAAUAGCGACAUAUGGAUAUGGAAUUCACAAAGAUAUGCCCUGGGGAAAUUUUAAUUACGCUAGUAUGACCAAAGAUGAUAUAUUGGGGUACAUAAGGGCCUUAAAUUUGGGUUAUGACCUUCUCAAUGAGGAACCAUCUCUCUUACAAAAACUUCAAGAAUCUAUUUCAAAUCAUUAUGCUGGUAUUAUAGCAAUACUUCAGGCAGAUAAUCUGGCGAGAGAAAUACCGCUCGUUCAUAGAGAAGUUGUCGAACUUGAUAUCCAGGGUUCUGCUUCAAGUGGGGCAUUCACUGUCGCUAGAGAUUUGUUGAACAGAGUGUCUGCGUUAAACGCAAUUCGGUAUGCCUUAGAAGGCGGCAUUCCUUCAACGCAUCCAGAGUUCUUGAAUAAACUGAAAACUAUCGGUAUAAAAUACUUUGAUCUACUUUUUUGGGCACUUGGUCCAGUCUUGACAAGUAAUUUGUCUGAAAAUGACUGGAUAAAUCUCCGAAUAUUCUUUCUUCAUCUAGCAACUUCUAGCUGUCGAAUACCAAUUGAUAGAAUAGAUGAUUAUUUGAAAAAGUAUGUUGGGGAAGCUUCUGCUGAAAGCAUACGAAGGAAACUUAUCUGCGACGAACAUUUGGACGACAUUCUAAAUGACCCUAACGCUAUAGAUGAUGAAAAUAUCGAUAUACCAAGAGAAUUGCUGACAGACGAUUGGGAAAUGCCCAACUUCGAAUUUAAAACUGUUCCCGAAUUAGAAAUUGGUAGAAUAAAGAAACGUCUUGUAGAGGCUUCAACGGCGGACGAUGUCCGCAUGUGUCUCGUAAAACUAGCUAUUAUUACACCAUCGUCUCCUCUGUGGAAGUUGAGCCCAUCGUGGAAGCCUGCUGGAGGGCUAGGCAACACAUUUAUUGCACUACCGAGAGGGUUCUUGCAAGAUUUUGGCUACAUUGUGUCAGGUGCAUCGAGAGCACGAGCUGAAUCAGGCUGCUCCCGUACAGCAUUAUCGUUGCUUUCGGUUCUAGAGAAUGAGGCCAGAAGUCAAUUGGGCAGUGGAUCAGAUCCGACAUUAUAUCGCAUAUGCCGUCAACUAUCUUGGGAAGUUCUCUUCUUACAAGUGAAUGUGAUGUUGAGUGAAUGGCCGCAUCAUCGUCUCAAUCUUACAACACUGGCGAAUAAAUGUAAAGCGUGCAUCGCGGCGGCUAGCUCGGGUGACACCAUUAUACCACGUGCACAGGUGGUAGAAGGGUGUUGGAUAUGUUUAGUGAACGCCUGUGAAUGGGAAGGCGCCGGAAUUAUAAAUGGUCCGGGCGAGUUAGCAGCCGCACUCUGCGCGGCGUGCUUCGAAUUGCAGAGAGGAAAGGCGUCUAGAAAAUUCCCAAGACCAUUAUGGGAUUAUGUGCUAUCUAUAUACAACAGCGGUACUACCGGCCCAGUAAAAAGAAAUGCUGGUGGCAUGCCUUCUCACUCCAGAGAUGCCCCUAAUGCGGCAGCGGAAGCAAGAAACGCUUUUAAUGCGUUUUUGACAACCCUACGAGAACCUCUAGCGGUCAGCGUCAUGCUGUCAUUGCUGGCCAGGAUAUACAAUCUCCUCACAGAUGAUAGCUCGUUGGAACUCGUAAUAGAGUACACGACUCUAUGGCCCUCAAACAUUUCAAACAUGAACAACUACAACUGCAAACACGUGCUGGAAUCGGUUACGGAGUUGUUGGAGAAAAGUUUGAAGUUCUAUCCCUACAAUACGUCGUGGUUGCGUCUUUACGGUGACGUCGAAAUGGCGGGCGGGCGAUGGUCUUCAGCGCUCCGUUGGUACUUGUGCGCAUUGGCGGCUGGUACUUGGCACUUUGCCAAGCGAAUGCCAGACGAGGGCAGUAUCGCGCGACGCGCUGCUAGAUGCUGCCAGGCCCUGUCCUCCCCGUUGCAAGCCGCUGCCCUCUGCCAGCUGCCAGAGGAACCUGACUAUACUACCGCUUUCAAAUGCUUCGCUGAAAAGACUGGCAACGCAGCGGAUGCGAUGGACGGAUACUACGGGUGUCUAUGGGACGGCACGUUGCUGGAAGUGGCAGUGGCGCUGCACACUCGGCGCGGGGAGGGCGGGAGACGAGCGCGUGCGGUCAAAGCCGCAGGGGCGCUCGAACUGAACGCUAAUAACAGUGAAGACAUACAACGCGAGGCGGCGGCCAUUCGACGCGCAAGAUUGCUUAGAGCGCUCACGAACCAAUAUGUUGCUUAAUUAAAUAUAUUGUAUCUAGUUAUGUUGGGUUUUUUAUUUGGUUCUGUUUUAAAGACCGUCCACAUACAACACAGGAAAGGGUAACGCUGAGAAUUUGCGAUAAUGUUUGUUAAAUAAUAAAAUGUUUAAUC